CGACGGCUGACGCGCACCCCACCCGUUCUACUAGUCCACCGAGGCCUCUCACUCGCACCUCAUCACUUCACCACCACCACAAACCCUAUCCCCAUUAACCCGCUCCAAAAACCCUGAGCUGCGCACCCACCGGCGAUGUCGGCGACGGCCAUCCGCUCCGGCGAGCUCCUCGCUUUUCCCGCCGCGCUGAGGCGUGGCCUGCCCGUGGCUUCUGCCUCGGUGGUCGCGUUCCGGUUGAGGGCGCCAGUGGCCGGGCGCGUGGCGGUCAGGGUUGUCGCGGCGGCGGCGGAGGGGGCAGGGGCGGAGGCGGAGGCGGAAGGGAAGCCGAAGCCGAAGAAGAAGAGGGCAGCGAGCGGGAUCAUGAAGCCUAAGCCGAUUUCUCCGGAGCUAAGGGAGUUUGUCGGAGGCGCGGCGGAGCUGCCCCGGACAGAGGCGCUCAAGAUCAUCUGGGCGCACAUCAAGGGAAACAACCUCCAGGAUCCCGAGAACAAGAAGAUAAUAGUCUGCGAUGAGAAACUGAAGAAGAUAUUUGGAGGGCGUGACCGUGUUGGGUUUCUUGAGAUCUCUGGGCUCCUCAAUCCCCAUUUCCAGAAAUGAUAGGGUUUAUGUAGAUGUUGCACUUUUUCUGUAUUAGCUAAGACAGUUGUAUCAGCAUAUUUAGCUGAACCUGGUAUGGAGGGUCCGUAAUUCUGGUUUGAGAAUGGUACGUCUAGUAUUUGCAGUAAAUGGCUUUGCUGGUUU